AUGGCACCUCCAAGAACCCUAACUAUAUCCGCACUAGGAGCCGACACAUUUGAUGGAACAACACUGGCAGUCAUCAGAGGCGGCUCGGUCGCAACAAUCGUCGCUGCAAUUUCACUUGCAGACCCCGAGAAGCACCGGAAGUUGCAGGUGGAGGAGGUUGGCGAUGGUGAUAAGGAUGUUGUGAGGGAGUAUUUCACUAAUGACAGGUUUCAGAGGUGGAAGAAGAUAUACGAAGACACCGAUGAUGUAAAUAAGGUUCAAUUAGAUAUAAGAAUUGGACACGCAAAGACAGUGGAAAAUGUAAUGAAAAUGUUGACAGAUGAAGGUUCGCUACGAAGCGUUACUAUCUGCGAUGCAGAAUGUGGCACUCGAUUGCUCUCUAUUCCCUUGGCUAAAGAAGGCGCCAUUGUUUUAGCUAGUGAUAUUUCAUCUUCCAUGGUUUCCGAAGCUCAGAAAAAAGGUUAA